CCAGGGAGAAUGAGAAUCUGUCAGAGAAGCAGGGGGAAAGAAAGGGAAGACAACGAGAGCAAAUGAUUGUGAACAAUAGCGAUUACUAAACGUGGCCAAUCAGGCAGCUCUCAUUUACUCUGCGCCAUCCUAAAUAAUCCAGUGUUCAUCCGGAGGCGUUUGAUGAUGACACUGAAGAUGAGGACACCGCCCAUACUCGUUACUUUGUUUUCUACCUCUUCUACGCCGUCCAUCCUACACCAGAACCUGAAAAUCAACUCUUCUGAACAGCUAAGUCCCUGGUUGAACAACAGCACCUGGCCACCGGUCAACUCUUCAGGUUUAGGGAUGUCCUGCUUCACUAUGACAUUUGGCGCCAUCUCCAACCUCACGGCUCUGGGCAUCCUGGCUAAGUCCCGAGUCCGAUUCCGCCGCAAAUCCAAAGCACCAUUUAUGUUACUAACAGUGGCUUUGCUUUUGGCUGACCUCGCAGGUCAUAUGAUCUUAGGCGCCUUUGCUUUGUAUCUGCACAUAGAUCAGAGGUAUAAAAUACAGGCCGAGAAGCCCAACAAAGAAUUCUGUCAAAUUUUUGGGGCAAGUAUGGUGUUUUUUGGCUUAUGCCCUUUGCUGUUGGGUUGUGCCAUGGCAGUGGAGCGCUGUGUGGCCAUCACCCAGCCCUUUUUCCACGCUGCUAUGAUCACAUUGGCUCAUGUAUGGCGAGUUGUGUUAUUUCUGUCCUCUCUUGCACUUGUGCUGGCAGUUCUACCUUUAUGUGCUGUGGGGAAUUACACUAUCCAGUCUCCUGGGACAUGGUGUUUCUUGCCUAUCCAUGGUCCACAGUCUACAGCUGACACCAACCUGGCUGUGGCCUUCUCAUGCCUGGGCCUCACUGCACUUGUUCUUUCCCUACUCUGCAACAUCCUGAGUGGUCUGGCAUUGCUGCAAGCCAGAAUGAAGUCCCACAAUUUAAAUACAAAAUCAGCAGCUCACUGCGCUCGUCGUACAUCGUCCACGUCUUCCUCCUUGUUUUGUUCGUUGGAUGUAGAGAUGAUGGCGCAACUGGCAGUGAUCACUGUGGUUUCCUGUGUAUGCUGGAGCCCCUUUCUUAUCCAUAUUCUUGUGAUGCAGUUCAAUCAAAGAACAUCAACCCAUGAGAAAGAUGGAUUUAUUCUUCUGGGCUUACGUAUGGCCUCUUGGAAUCAGAUCUUGGACCCUUGGGUGUACAUCUUACUGAGGAAGGCAGUGCUUUUCAGACUUUGUUGUGCUUUCUACACACAGAGACCCACAGUUACAGAAAAUAGGUUCUGUGCAGACACACACAGGCAGGCCUGACCAUGUUGCUCUUGGACUUUUUCCUCCUACUGAAAUAAAGUAUUUGUGUGUUGUGAAAUUAUUUUACUUUGCUGUGUUAUUUUUUAACAGGGCUCAGUAAGGUCCAUAUUCAGCAAGCCAAGCAUCUACACGGCAGCAGUGUGAACAAGGGCUGAAAACAGACUUUCCCAACAUUUCCCAAAAUGUAGUUAGUAGUCUGUGCCGGUGCCACUAUCAAUAGCAGCCACCUGCAAAUCGGGUGGUUGGGCAAUUGGGCGGGGUUAUUAUUGUCCAAUCAAAAUUGAGAAAAGCUUGACAAGCGCCGCAUGUAGCAAAUGGCUGAGCUGCUGGAGAAGCCUCACACCCGGGGUGGGCGGUGCUUUUUUGGCAAUGACUCUAUUCAAUAUGGAGUACAGAAAAUAGCCUGAUUCGCUCUGCAUUUCAGUGCUCUCAUAGAGUUUUCGAUCACUCUUGCAUUUCGGGC